AUGUUUGGUGACUCACUCCUCUGCAGUGGAUGGUUCGAACAAUGUCAGCAAGGAAAAUGGCACCGUGUGCAUGCACAAACUGGAAUGAACCCUGCCCUUCGGACCUUUCUGUUUCGCCUUUCUCGACUCGUGCAGUACCCAGUCAAGCUUGUCUUUUGUUACGACGGCAAUCAGCGGCAAAAGAUCAAAAGAGGCCAUCGUGUAUCUACAAAGGACCACUGGAUGGUGGAUCCCACUCAACGUAUUCUGAACAUGUUCAACACACAAUGGAUCAUGGCUGUAGGAGAAGCCGAAGCGCAACUGGGGUUGAUGAACCAUGCAGGAGUCAUCGAUGCUAUCAUGACUGACGACAGUGACGUGUUUGUGUUUGGUGCUCAGACGGUCCUUCGAAACUCAACGUUUUCGACUGAUGCAACCAUCAAGUUGUACACCACCAGUUCCAUCCAGGAACUGGUGGAGCCUCGCCUUACUGGUGAUGCGUUCACAACCAUUCCAAUUUGCUGUGGUGGUGAUUAUGAUAAGAAGGGCCUUCCAGGGUGUGGUCGUGAGACGGCUCUUGGCCUCGUUCGUUGCAUGGACAACAGCACAUUAUGUGAUGCUGUGCGUGGUGACAACUCACCUGAUCAAUCUCUGCAACACUGGCGGGAUGCUGCUUGGUACCACCUCAUGAGUGAUCCCACAGGUCAAAUGGGACGAGCUCACCCUGCCCUUGCCCGCUCCCUCCCAGAUUCGUUUCCUGAUGUGCAUGUCAUAGAUUUGUAUGCGAAACCUGCUGUCACUCCACUCGUGGAACUGCCUGUUCUAUGUUCUCUGGCACCACCUGACCUUGCACCACUGGCCCUGCUUAUCCACAACCUCGUUGGCUGA